CCCUAGUAAAGAUGCUGGAUUUGAACCUAUUGAUCCUAAAAGAAUCGUUAUUAUGGGAGAGAGUGCAGAAAGCAAUUAUGGCUCUAUUUCACAACGUGGUGGAUUGGCUAUAGCAAUGACUUUGUUUCUUCGUGAUGCCGGAUUACCAUUACCUUGUGGUAUUGUAGGAUGGUCACCUUGGGUUGACCUUACACAUAGCAUGCCAUCUUCAUUAGACCCAAAUCUAAUAGAUCUCGACUUACUUUGUCCGAUGGCGAUGUAUAGACCAAAACCGCGAAUUUCGUCUCCUGCAUGGGAACAAUAUCAAGAAGAUUCACAAAAACUUGCUGAUGAAAUUAAAGAAAAAAAACCUUCGAUCGUUGGUGAUGAAUCUUUUCAACGAGAUGAACAGAUUCAAAUGUAUUGCAAUAAUGAAGCUUUGGCUAUUCCUUACGUUAGUCCAUUAUUGGCUGAAAGUUUGGGUAAUAUACCUCCUAUGUUAUUGCAAGUAGGAGAAGUUGAAAGAAUGCACGACGAAGUCGUACUUUUUGGUCAUAAAGCAACUCAACCACAUAAAUUUAGAGUUCCGCAAUAUUCUACUUCAAAUUUUGAUGAAUCGCCAUUUCAAAAACCAACAAGUAUAAUAUUAGAAGUUUAUGAUGAUAUGCCUCAUGGUUGGCAGUGGAACAAUGUAAGAGAUAAUAUUCAAGUUGGUUUGAGGUUUCCUUCCGCUGAACAAGCCCAGAUAUCAUUUCAUAGAACCUGCAAUUUCAUAAAAUAUGUUUCUCUAGUAGAAAAUGAUCAAACAACCGAAAAAUCAUUAUUCAAGGGAGUAAGAAUUAAUAGUAAAGGUGAAGAAAGACCUUUAGAACAAUAUGAUCUUGAUGUUUUAAAAUGGGAUAAAGUUGGUAUUGUUCCUGAUAUAACUGAUUAUACAAAUGUCAAAUUUGUUAUUUAA